CUACACUUUUGCAAUGGCUCUCAAACGCAUUCAAAAAGAACUGGCAGAACUUAACAGAGAUCCUCCAGCUGGGAUUAGUGCUGGCCCUACCGAAGAAGAUAUAUUCAAUUGGACAGGCACAAUUUUGGGUCCUGCUAACAGUCCCUACAAAGGGGGCAUCUUUAAGCUCAAGAUUGAAUUUUCUCAGGAUUAUCCAUUCAAACCACCGUCAGUCAAGUUCAUCACUAGAGUAUAUCAUCCAAAUAUUGAUGAUGAUGGGUCAAUUUGUGUGAAUUUGUUGAAGACUGAUGUGUGGAAACCUGCUACCAAAAUCUCUCAAGUUCUCAAAGCCAUCGCAGAUCUUCUCGAAAACCCAAAUCCUGACGAUGCUCUGGUAGCUUCUAUUGCAGAGGUUUAUAAUACAAACAAACAAAAAUUCGUCAAAACCGCAAAAGAUUUCGUAAAAAAGGCUCGUCUAUUUCUUAUUCUGGAGUAUCUCUGA